GGAUGGCCUCCUCGGGCCGUCUUCGCCUCCCCCGCAAUCGCAGUUCCUCGGCGCCCUCACGCCCGCCCACCGGCCCGUGUGCGGGCUGCUGCAGGCGCUCUCGCUGCCGUCGCCGCCGCCCGUGCUGGGCGGCGGCGGCGGUUACCCAACAAGAGGCAGCCCCACACCUGCCACGGAAACGCUGGCGGGGCUCAUCUUCCUCUGACUGGCGCGCAUUUCUUCGACCUCAGCGGCAUGCCGGUGCGGCCGAGGAACCAGUGGACGAGCGUCGUGCUGCGCGGCGGCGACCCGCGGCGCCUGGUGGACUGGUGCAGCGAGCUGCCCCCGCUCGCGAGGCGGCUGAGCUUCGCGCACAGGCCGCGGCUACCGCUACCGCUUACGUUCCCGCAGGUGUUCGCGCCCUCGGUGUCUGCCCACGGCGCGCUCCAGGCGGCGACCCCGGGCGGCGGCCAGCACGUGCCGCGCCCCCCAGGCGCGGAGGUCGAGUCGUGCCUCACGGCCACUCACGUCCACUCUGUGACCGGCGCGGGCCCGUGCGCGCCGCUGAAGCGCAUGGCCUCGGCGACCCGGGCGGCGCUGCGCUCGGGCUGGGGCGCGGCCGCGAGGGCGCACUUCGACGUGGAGCUGGAUGAGUUCCGAGACGUGCUCGAAGCGGUGACGGAGCACCUGGAGUCCGGUGCUGCUAGCUGCAGCGACUCGGGAUGCGACAUGGACGAGGACUAGCACUGGCUGGUCGGCUUGGGACGCGCCACGAGCCCGCCGAUAGCAAAAGCUGCCGCACACCGAGGUCCCUGGAGGCCUGUGGAGGUGUCUGGAAGUCCCGGGG